AUGGGUGUCGAAGAGUCAGUCUACCUGGCCAAGUUGGCUGAGCAGGCCGAGCGAUAUGAAGAAAUGGUCGAGAACAUGAAGGUCGUGGCUUCGGCAGACCAAGAACUCACCGUCGAAGAACGAAAUCUCCUAUCCGUCGCAUACAAGAAUGUCAUCGGCGCCAGGCGUGCGUCGUGGAGAAUUGUCACUUCCAUUGAGCAGAAGGAGGAGUCCAAGGGCAACGAGGCUCAGGUCAAGCUCAUCAAAGAAUACAGACAGAAGAUUGAGGAGGAGCUUGGAAAGAUCUGUGAAGACAUCCUUGAUGUCCUGGACAAGCACUUGAUUGCGUCCGCAAAGACCGGCGAAUCAAAGGUCUUCUAUCACAAGAUGAAGGGCGACUACCACCGAUAUCUUGCUGAAUUCGCCGUUGCAGACAAGAGGAAAGGCUCAGCGGACAAGUCUCUUGAGGCCUAUAAGAACGCUACCGAGGUCGCAUCGACCGACCUUGCUCCUACACACCCAAUCCGAUUGGGUCUCGCGCUGAACUUCUCUGUUUUCUACUACGAAAUCCUCAACUCCCCAGAUCAGGCUUGCCAUCUUGCCAAACAAGCUUUCGAUGAUGCUAUCGCUGAGCUUGAUACCUUGAGCGAGGAGAGCUACAAGGACUCCACUCUCAUCAUGCAGCUCCUGAGAGAUAACUUGACUCUCUGGACUUCGUCCGAGGCCGAGCCACAAGAACAGCAAGGCCAAUCGGCCGAAGCACCAAAGGAGACUGAGGCCGCUGCCGCACCUGAAGCUACUGAAAAGGCUGACUAG